AUGGCCUCUGAGCUAAAAUCAUACCUCGUUGCUAAUGGCUACCCAUUGAGCAUCUGCUGGAGCGAAGAUGCCACGAGGAUUUCUGGAGGGGUAGAAUAUAGGUCAGACACCGACCAGCUAAGUGGUCUCGUGGCCACACUGGAUAGCAACACUGGUUUACCUAUAAAAGGACUUUUCAAUUGCUCAACGCCACAACAAAUUAUUAAACAUAUUCGAAAUUAUCCAAUUGCAAUGAAUGUUGAACUGGGAAUGGCUCAACCUAUGGCUACUGGCGCCGCACCAUUUUGUUGUUUAUAUUACUGUACGGACAAUAGAUUCGAUACGGAAUCAGUUACAAAAAAAUGGCACCAUAUAAAACGCGAACUCCAGAAGGCAGAAAUCCAAGUAGUGUGCAAAGCGACAGACGGUGAUACCCGCUUCAUAAGGGCAAUGAUCGACGAGAUGGAGUUUAAUAAAUCCAAUGACCAUAGCUUUGGAGAGUGGUUUGCAUCAAAUAAUUCAAUAUGCGUUCAGGACCCAACUCAUCUGGCAAACAAAUUGAGGACCCGUUUGAUGAAGGCCAGCAAACAGUUGUUACUGGGCAAUUACAAUGUAUCUAGGAUACAUUUGUUGGAACUCAUAACAACUGUUUCCAAAGAUAAACACGGACUAUGUAUGAGUGAUAUUGACGAGAAAGAUAAAAUGAAGUUUAAACCGGUUGAAAAAAUGACCGAGGUAAGAGUCAUUUCCUGUUUGAGCCAGAUUCCCAACAGCAAUGGUACUGCAACAUUGCUGAGAGCGAUUGGCGAUAUCAUGUCAUCGUAUAUGGACGAAAAAUUAUCACCGCUUCAGAAAGUGUAUAAUAUCUGGCACUCAUUAUUUCUUAUACGAGGCUGGCGUAAUUGGUGUGUGAGGAAAUUCAACAAUAUUCUAAAUUGUAUCACAUCGAAUGCCUAUUGGGGGCUUGAAAUAAAUGCACAUGCGCUUAUAAAUUAUGUUGUGUACUGCCGAGACCACGGGACCGAAUUCAACACAACGUUACUCCAAAGCCAAACCUGCGAAGGGACGUUUAGAGAUGCUAGAGCCUUCACGUCAACAGAAUCAACUGUAGUAAACUUCACCAUCCAAGGUUUCGAAUCCCGUUUAAACAGAAUUCAGUUCAAAAGAGACGUCAUGCACAGGAACCAACAAGCGUUGAAAUUCCCUGGUGUGAAGAAAAGAUCAAUGGAUGAUACAAGUUUCAAAAUGCCGACAACCGAUGAAAUUAUUGAUAUAGUAGAGCAAGCCCAACAAUCAGCACGGGAUAUUUUGAUCGAUCUAGGAGUUGAUGCUAAUGACAUUUCGUUUGAAUGCAGUGUAUCGACCAAAAGUCUAAAAGAGAAGCCAACUACCAGUUUAGGUGAUGUUGAGUUCAUCACUGUUCCCGACGAAUUUGAAACUUUCGAAAAAAACAGCAACAAUGACAUCCAUGAUGCCUCUGAACUCUUUCAAAAUGUUGGCAGCGAGUUAUUGCUACGCAAUUCAAUAAACCACAAAAACGUAUUCAAAAUCAAAACCCAACAGAACAAAGUAGUUCACGUAAAAAAACGCACUUUCUUGUGGAUGUUAAUUUCUGGCUUACAAAAAUGCUCGACUGAUCGCACAUAUCGUUUUAUGGACAACAACAUGGAAAGGCACUACCCUAAAUAUGCCAAUGAAGUGUACGACAAUAUUGUGGUAGGAGAAUUUGUACUUAUCAAGGAGAAUGAGAUGUUGAGUGUGCUGAAAGUGUAUGGGUUUAAAUACUUAAAAGGGAAAAAUUGCUCUUAUUCAUCACCGAUGGUUCCAAUAAAACCUCCUAAGGAUGUGCAACACAGAGGCAUAGGACUUCUAGGAACAGCUUUUGAAAUACUAGAAUGCGAUGGAGAGUAUGUGCUAGAUUUUUCUAGCAACAAUUCAACAAAAAAUGUUAAAUACUACGUGAGUCACCUGAAAAAGCCUUCGAUUUUAUCUGCGUUAUUUUACUAUCCCAACGAGUGCGUCUCCUACAUAAAGCAGUUCUAA